AUGUCGCCUACACCUGUUGUGAACGUCGUUCGGUAUUCGGCACUGAUUGCUGGUAUCGGUUACGGUAUUAUGCACGGCCAGAAGCUGCAGGCCAAGUAUGACGAUCGGGUUGAAAAGCAGGCGAUCAAGCACCGUGAAGACCAAAUCAAGAAGGCCAAGGAGGAAUACGCUAAGAUCCGCGCAGCGAAACUUGCUCCUGCGUCGCCAAAUGCUGUCGUGUCAGACCCCGAGGACCCGAACUUUGACCUUGAGAGGCUGCUCAAGCACUGGGAAGAAAAGCUCUAG